GGUGGCGGUAAUGCAACAUUCAUUGGCUGUCAACUGCUGUUAAACCUCAAAUAAGAAGUAAAAAUGCUUUAGCUUCGCUUCUAAAACAAGAUUACGUGUCGCUAUCAAAUUGAUAGAACCAUGAGUAAUAUCUCCAAGUCCGUGUCGACUUUAGAAGAAACGAGGACUGGUCUGUGUGAUGAGUUUGUGUCCGUAACAGGAUCCGAUAGCGCCGUGGCUCAAUGUUACCUUGCUGAAAAUGACUGGGAAAUGGAGAGAGCUCUGAACUCAUUUUUCGAGGCUGACAUGGAGGCAGUUUUUACAGUGGAAGAUUCACCAAAGAAGGACAUCAGCCCCCCUAAAGUUAAAAGACAGAAAUUGGACAAACCACAGGGGAAAAUGGACUGCAUUGACCUGACCACAGAAGAGCCUGCCUGUUCCAGCAGCAGCGCCAAGUCAACCAACUCCUCCAAGUCAGUGGAACCCAAAGCUAAAGUUAAAACCCCGGGCUCUGAGGAGCAGGAUGGCGGCAAACUGUCGCUGAUCUCUUGGAAUGUAGAUGGUCUGGACACCGUGAACCUGGGAGAGCGUGCUAGGGGCCUCUGUUCCUAUCUGGCCCUGUACACCCCUGACGUGGUGUUUCUGCAGGAACUCAUUGAACCGUAUGUUCAGUACCUCAAGAAGCGAGCCGUCAGCUACACCAUCAUUGAGGGAGGCGAGGUGGGGUACUUCACUGGUUUGAUGCUGAAGAAGUCCAGAGUCAAACUCCUGAAUAGUGACAUCAUCAGUUACCCGACCACUCAGAUGAUGAGGAAUCUGCUCGUUGCUCAAGUGACGUUCAGGGACCAGGAGCUGUGCGUGAUGACAUCCCACUUUGAGAGCUGUAAGGGACAGGCAGAGGAGAGGAUGAAACAGCUGAGUGUGGUGCUGAAGAGGAUGAGGGAGGCUCCCACUAACGUGACUGUCCUAUUUGGAGGGGACACUAACCUGAGGGACGCCGAGGUGACCAAGGUUGGAGGUCUGCCUGGUGGGGUGUGUGAUGUGUGGGAGCAGCUGGGGAAGCAGGAGCACUGCAGGUACACCUGGGACACCAAGGCCAACAGCAACAAGAGUGUACCGUAUGUCAGCAGGUGUCGUUUUGACCGCGUCUACCUCCGACCGGCCAAGGAGGGCCCCGGGUCCCGGAUGACCCCAGACCACAUGGCCCUGGUGGGUUUAGAGAAGUUGGACUGUGGUCGCUACACCAGUGAUCACUGGGGAAUCUACUGCAGCUUUAUCCUUUAGCUCCUGAUACUUAAGGGUCGUGUCCCAAAUUGAUCCCUGUAGUGCACUGCUUUUGACCAGGAACCAAUAUGAGACGGGAACAUGUUUGUGUGUAAUGCGGGGCGGCAGGGUAGCCUAGUGGUUAGAGCGUUGGACUAGUAACCGAAAGGUUGCAAGUUCAAAUCCCCGAGCUGACAAGGUACAAAUCUGUCGUUCUGUCCCUGAACAGGCAGUUAACCCACUGUUCCUAGACCAGUUAACCUACUGUUCCACUGUUCCUAGACCAGCUAACCUACUGUUCCACUGUUCCUAGACCAGUUAACCCACUGUUCCUAGGCCGUCAUUGUAAAUAAGAAUUUGUUCUUAACUGACUUGCCUAGUAAAAUAAAGGUAAAGUGGUCCCAGCAGAGGCUAGAGUCUGAAGAGGUUAACUUUCCUAACGGACAGUUAAAAAGGCUCUAAUAUUGGAUCGGGAGCAAAGCACAGUCUCUGUAUGGCCACUGACGGUAGGAUCAGAGACGGCUGGCUCACCUUUUAUUGUAGUGCCUUGAGCUGAGGACAGGAAGGUUUCAAUGUUGCCUUGGUCACCUCACGCCUAACACACCCAAAGAAUGGAAAUGUUGAAUGUCCUAAAUGGCUCCCUAUUUUAGUGCACUACUUUAGACCAGAGACCAUAAAACUGGUGAAAAGGAGUGCACUAUAUAGGGAAUAGGGGUGUCAUUUUGGACAGCAGCUGUGUAUAUCUUAUCCCAGUGUUUAAAUGCUAAUAGGCUUUGGCUCUCAUUUUUAUUUCAAUAUGUGUUUGGUUUAAAUUUCAGAAGUCUUACAUGUGAUGAUGAUGAUGAUGAUGAUGAUUUCCCUCAAGUCUGUUUUUAGUCCUGGACAUUGGAAUAAAUACGUUCUGGAAUAAAAGGCUUGUUUUUCUUCACCA